GUCCGCGUCUUACUUCUGAGUGGCUAAUUCCCCUCGUUUUGCCUCGGCGUUUUCCCAUGAUCCUGGAACUGCUCCCAGUCAGCGAUCAUCUCCAACCGGCGUCUCCUGCCAAGCUUUGUCUCCUGCUUCUUUGCAACUCUCUCUCUCUCAAAUCACCUUUGUUUUUUUGAACUGACUCUCAAAUCACCUUGAAAGCCCCUUCUCGGUCCUGCUCCUGCACAGGUUCGUAAAGUUUUUUGUGAAAAUCGUCAAGUCUUCCUGCUCAAAAAACAUCUCCGGCGUGCUGAAUUUUCUCCGUCGUUUAUGUGGUUGUUGCGCCCAACGAGAUCUCGAAGAUUCCACCUUCCAUUGAAUUUGCAGGGGCUAGAAAAUGGGAACGAAAUUGCAGAUCGUUGCAGUGCUGGGUGUGGCCUGCGCUGUCGCUGCCACUGCCGCCGACAGGGGGCUGUCGUUCACCGGUACCGUGCCGCUGCAGGACGAAGCGAGCUACCUGCUGCGCGAAGUGGCCAACUCCGUGCGGCAGAGUGGCGGAACCACUUACCACCACGUGUGGCCGCCCAUGAAAUUUGGAUGGGAAAUUGUGUUGGGGUCAUUCAUCGGAUUCUUUGGAGCAGCGCUCGGUAGCAUUGGGGGACUAGGUGGGGGUGGGAUCUUCGUGCCGAUGCUCAUCUUGAUCAUUGGCUUUGAUCCCAAGUCUUCCGCGGCCAUGUCAAAAUGUAUGAUCAUGGGGACUGCUGUGUCAACUGUGUACUGUAACCUCAAGGUGAAACACCCAACUUUUGACAUGCCAGUCAUAGACUAUGAUCUGGCACUUCUCAUACAGCCCAUGCUCAUGUUGGGGGUCAGCAUUGGGGUUAUUUGCAACGUGGUAUUCCCUGACUGGCUUGUCACGGUCCUCUUGAUCAUUCUCUGCAUAGUUACUUCAACUAAAGCUUUUCUGAAGGGUGUUGAAACAUGGAAGAAAGAAACAAUAAUCAAAAGGGAGGAAGCAAAACAAUCAGAGCAAACCUGUGAAGAAGAACAAGAGUACAUGGCACUGUCUGCAGGACCUGAUGCCGCAUCGCAGACGGAAACACUCCCAGUGCAAGAUCAUUAUCGAAACAAUGAAACGCCGUCAGCUGAAGCGGUAUCCAUUUGGAAGAACGUUUACUGGAAGGAGGUUGGCCUUCUUGCCUUUGUAUGGGUAGCAUUCCUUGCGCUUCAGGUCACAAAGAACUACAUGGCAACUUGCUCUAUGUGGUACUGGGUUUUGAACUUACUUCAGAUCCCGGUGUCAGUCGGGGUGGCCAUGUAUGAAGCGGUAUGUUUGGUACAGGGGAAGAGGAUGAUAUCAUCGAAUACGAAUGAGCAAACCAGCCUGAAAGCUCGUCAGCUACUGGUAUACUGCUUCCUGGGUGUCACUGCUGGUGUUGUAGCCGGUAUGCUUGGAGUCGGCGGGGGCGCCAUCAUGGGGCCUCUCUUCUUGGAGCUUGGUGUCCCUCCGCAAGUAAAAUCUUUUUUUGUUCAUGUCAAGAACCUCAUGUUUCCAUCAUGGUUUUAUCGUCAGUUCAGCAAUCAUUUGAUGGUCUCAAGUGCUACGGCCACCUUUGCAAUGAUGUUCUCAUCUUCCAUGUCCGUCGUCGAAUACUUCCUCCUGAACCGGUUCCCUGUACCAUAUGCUCUCUUCUUCACUACACUGGCAUUUUUUGCUGCGAUUGUCGGCCAACGCGUUGCAAGGAAGCUGAUCGGUCUGUUAGGACGGGCGUCACUUAUCAUCUUCAUAUUGUCCUUCACGAUCUUCAUCAGCGCGCUUUCUCUAGGCGGAGUCGGCAUCUCCAACGCGAUUCACAAAAUCGUGCAGCACGAGUACAUGGGAUUCGACAACAUCUGCAAAUAUGAUGCGUAGGACGUUGUACCCUGAAGGCAUGUAAGAGCAGCGUGAUGCCUUGCAGAUGUCAAAGUUGAACCGGAUGGCUACGAGAUCAGAGUUUCAGCCAGUAGCAGCGAAAGUAAUCGAUGAUUAAAUGUCAUGCACUUGCACGUGGAUAUUCAAGUAAUAUCUUUCUUGAGAGG